CUUCUUUAUCAAAGUGAAAAUAAAACAUUUGUGUAAUAAACAUUUGCGUAUUGUCUACUUUUAUCGCAUUAUCCCAAAUUGUUAUCUUCAUUAGCUGAAGAUCUUAGCGUCUUCUCUCAGUCACUGUUUCUUUCCAUCAUUUGAGAAAAACAGAAAAAAUGGCGAAUAUUCCGAUGGAUAUCAUCACCGAUUUAUUCCUCCGUCUCCCGGCGUCGACGCUAGUCCGAUUCCGCGUCCUCUCGAAGCCUUGCUUCUCUCUAAUCGACAGUCCCGAUUUCAUCGCAUCGCAUCUCAAUCACACACUCCAAACCGGAGACCACCUCAUGAUCUUGCUACGUGGCCCUCGCCUUCUCUGUACGGUGGACAUCGACGCACCGGAUAAAGUCUCCGACGUCGAGCAUCCUUUAAAAGCCGGUGGUCUAACCGAGGUUUUCGGUUCGUGCAACGGUUUGAUCGGUUUAUCGAAUUCACCGACCGAUAUUGCGCUUUUCAAUCCAUCGACCCGGCAAACCCACCGGUUACCGGCUGAGAUCGUCGAUUUCCCGGAGGGUUCGACCACGCGCGGGUAUGUGUUUUACGGAUUAGGUUACGAUUCGGUGAGCGAAGAUUACAAAGUUGUGAGGAUGAUUCAGUGUAAAGGAGGUAAAGCUGAUGAGCUAGUUUUUGGAUUCCCUUAUGAAAUCAAAGUUUUUAGCUUGAAGAAGAAUUCAUGGAAGAGGAUCAAAAGAGUUCUUCCUGCGAUUCAAUUACUGUUCUACUUUUAUUACCAUCUCUUGUAUCGUCGUGGAUAUGGUGUUUUAGCUUGCAAUAGUCUUCACUGGGUUUUGCCAAGAAGACCUGGGCUUAUCGCCUUUAACACGAUUAUAAGAUUCGAUCUUGCCUCUGAGGAGUUUGAGAUCCUCGAUUUCCCUGAGUCUCUUGCUCAUGAGAACAUCGAUAUAGGUGUGUUAGAUGGUUGUCUUUGUUUGAUGUGUAACCACGAGUUUAGCUAUGUUGAUGUUUGGAUCAUGAAGGAGUAUAAAGUUGAAGGAUCUUGGAGUAAGCUGUUUAGAGUUCCUAAACCCAAGAGUGUGGAAUCGUUUGACUUUAUGAGACCUCUGCUUUAUUCCAAGGACAGGGACAAGGUUUUGCUGGAGAUAAACAACGCGAAGCUCGUGUGGUUUGAUCUGGCGAGUAAGAGGUUUAGAAAGCUUAGAAUAAAGGACUGUGAUAGUUCGUAUAGCGUGGAACUGCUUGUGAGUAGCCUUGUUUUGGGAUGUAGAGGUGAUCCUAAUGAAGUUAAGCGCAGGAAAGAACGUAGAGCUCGAGAAGAUAAAUUGAUGCAGCAGAGUAAUAAGAGGGAUGAUUUUCUGUCCAAGGGGUUCAAGCUGGUGUUAUGAGCAAAAGCAAGGAAACUUUAAGAAACCCUAACCCCAUACAAGGUUCAGGCAAAGGCGGAAAGGAUAUAGCUUUAGGUAACUUCAUCAAAAUCCCAUAGGAGAGACUUGGUACUAACUCUCUUAACCAAUGUAUGUAUGUAUGUAUGUGUAUGUAGAAGAUUUGUGCUCUUCUAUGUAGAGUUUGUUCCACGACCGAACACAACUCAAGGUGUAAUUGAGUGUAUAUAAUAAUCGUAUGUAUAUGUAAAACAUUUUCGAGUCUUGUAUGUUGGUAUAUACGAUCUUUGCAUCA